AUGGCGGGGUGUUGGAUAUACGAUAAGGAAGCGGUGCAACACAUUGUGGCGGGCUUGGCCCCGAAUCUGCGCCACGUCCAUAUAUGGUUUGAUACCGCGCCUUGUGAGGUGACCGGGGCUGGUUGGCCGCCUCCGACAAGACCGCCGUGGAGGGGAUUCCACUCUGAUAAACUAGACGGAUCGCUUCCUGUUCCGAAGACGAAAGGGCGGCUUGAAAGCUUACGCAUCGCCAGUUACCAGAUUGCGCCAUGGCUGACUUAUACCGAAUUCUCGUAUCUACAGGUGCUCACUCUUGAUGGGAAAAUCGGUCUCCAAGGAUUACAAGCCAUCGCAGAAAUCGCAGUUAGUGGUGAACUUCGAGCUCUCCGAGCGCUGAGACUGCCAGAUCUCGACAUCCGGACUAAAAUUGAACCUUUCCAGGCCGAUUGCGAACUCAACCUUCUACUUUCUACACUACAGCCUUUGAAGUCACUCUCCAUGGAGCCACCGGGUAAUCUAUCUCUUGAUACGGCCUUUGACCGACACGGAGCUACUCUGCACUGCUUCCAUGUGAGGAAGUAUGCUCUACGGAUUGAUCAGACCACACAGCUCCAACGUCGAUGCCCGGCUGUCACAGAACUGAGUCUCGAAUUCCUUCGCAAAGCCGGCAGCCAUGAGGAACUACAGAUAUAUCAGACUCUUCGCGCUAUUCCUCGCCUUAAGAAGCUCACGCUUAGCUUUCAUUCAUCAACUCAUGGCCCGAUCUGUAUAGCACAUGUCCCAGGAGAAGAAAGUCCCGAUGGCGAGGACACAGACGAAGAAUUCAAGGAACGAUUGAAACUAGAGAUCCAGAAUAUCUUGCGAAACACCGCUAUGGACGAGACCCUCGCGCGCUCCAUCUUCGAGGAGUUAAUGACUACCAACCAUCCUAAUCGAGCAGAUUUGCACCCGACUCUAUCUUACAUCCAGCUGUUGAAUAUCAUGCCUAAGUUAGUCUGUGGGCAAGAUAUUGCUGAGCAAUUCAAUGACAUUCUGGAAUGGAUCGGGAGACAGUGGGUCUGCGAACGAGACCGGCGUGACACUCACAAGGAUGAGGCCACCGUAGAAGAGCAUUGCUAUGAGCGAAGACUCAGGCGUGGCAAUUGGUUGAAUAACAACCUAAAUAGGGCUUACGGCAGCAAAGAAUUUGCUGGCGCUUGGAAGACUCUUUGGCCAGGGACAGAUACUGAUUGGAAGAAUGGUUGGAAAAGCAUUCCACUUUUCGACGACAGCGAGGCCUGA